AUGCGCAGAAGCCAUCAGGGAAAGCUAUCCCAUGACUUAACCACGCCCUUCACUCGCUGCCUACUGCAAAGAGUCCCGGAAAUGCCAGGGAAAUUUAUGCCGUUGGACUUCUCAAAACAGAGGUUGCGACAGCUUCACCAUCAAAUGUGGGUCAAAGAAGAAAGAAUAGCUGAACUGGAAACAGAAAAUGCUAUUCUGCACCUGAAAUUGGCAGAGAAGCUUCAACAAGAUGUCAAGGAGUUUCGGAAUUCUUUCCUGGUGCUCUUACAAAGCUGUCAGGAGGAGUACCAGAGCUGCCUGUCUGACUUAGUGGCUGUUGUGCAGAGGGCAGAGCUGAGCAGCGAGGCUCUUCGAGCUUCUCAGUCAGAGGCUACACACCUACAGCAGUGCUUGCAGGAACUGGAGUCACGCUACCACUUGGAGCAGCAGAGGAGGAGGACCCUCCAUAACAGCCUGGUGGUGAGUGCCUGCAUUGCCAGCACAGAGCUGAAAGGGAACAUCCGAGUCCACUGUCGCAUUCGUCCCUCUGUGUCGGUUGAUGAGGAGCUGGUCGGUCCGACUUCCCAGAACUGCCCCACCCCUGGAGAAGUGGUCCAUGCUGUUAAUGACCGACAGAAAGCAGGCGAGCUCAGCCACUCUUCAAGUGGCGCUUACCUCACAAGGGUUAAAGCUCGGGCACUUGAGGAUAGCUGGGAAACAGUCCUGGUGAGGUGUGUACUUCCUGGCCGCCCUCCUGCUGAGAAGACCUAUACCUUUGAAAGAGUGUACGGCCCAGCAGAACCUCAGGCAGCGGUGUUUGGAGAUGUGCGCCCCCUCCUCAUAUCCCUUCUGGAUGGGUAUAAUGUAUGCAUUAUGGCAUACGGACAGACUGGAAGUGGGAAAAGCUACACCAUGUUGGGGCCCCACUCUGAGGAUGACUCUGCGCUGCUAUCGGGUGCUCGUGACGACUUGGGGAUCAUCCCCAGAGCAGCUGAGGAACUCUUCAGGCUCAUGUCAGAAAACCCUUCAAGAAGCCCAAAGGUUGAUGUUUCCAUAGUAGAAAUUUAUAACAACAACAUUUUUGACCUUCUGGCCAAAGACGGUUCUACAGUGAUGUCUGGGGCUAAGUGCCAGGCAGCGACAACUCAGGAGGGACGUUCAGAGGGACCCAAGCUGACCUGCAGGUCUGUCACCAGUGCCGUGGAGUUUGUGGGGCUCAUCCACAGAGGCGUGAAACUCAGAGUGCUCAGAGUGCAGCACCCCACCCUGGUGCACCAGAACUCUUCCCGAGCUCACCUGGUUGUCACGGCAACGCUGACCACAGCUUCCUCCUUGGGCAGCACUGCCCCACAGUCCAGCCAGGCUUCCCUCCAGAAGAAAGCAGGGGCAGGGAAUUGGUGGACUGCCCAUCCCCGGGCUUCAUCUCCGCGCACUGUUCCAGUGGAGUCUGCAGACCAAUUUGAGCAGGUGCUGGCCAAGCUGCAGCUUGUGGACUUGGCCGGCAGUGAGUGUGCAGCAGUGUCUGGGGUGACUGGUUUGGCACUGAAGGAGACCUCCUUCAUCAACCGGAGCCUGGCUGCCCUCGCAGAUGUGCUUGGAGCCCUGUCAGAGCACUGCGACCACAUCCCAUAUCGGAACAGCAAGCUCACGUACCUGCUCCAGGAUUCCAUCGGCGGUGAUGCAAAGUUACUGAUGAUUCUGUGUGUAUCCCCCGGGCAGAAGCACAUGGCAGAGACUCUACGGGGCCUAAAAUUUGGGGCUCGAGCACGGCAGGUUGAGCGAAGAGCACCCAGAAGGAGACCUUGCAGCUCCCAGAUGCAGAGGAGGCUGUUUGCUCCCUGGGCCUGGGGUGAACCUUGCCCCAGAUCCCUGGACCCUAGAGUGAUAGGGGAUAAAGUGGCUGGAGAGGAGACUUCUCCUGGAUCAGGAGCAUGGCUGGACCCACACCUGGAAAAGGAGCUGGACUUACUGAAGGUCAGACACUGCAACCACAGGUCGGGUAAGACAAAGAUUGGUCUCUACAGACCCAGUAGCAAGUGUGACCCAAGACUAGGUGACAGUAACCUAAAUGACCAGCAACUGGCCCUGAGGACUCUAAACCCCAGUGUGGCCAGACAGGGCAUCAACUCAACAUAUCAAGCCUGUCAGGGACUCAGCGUGCACUGGGCGAAGCUUGUUACUGGGGACACAGAAGACCUUUAA